AUGACCACCAACGGGCAGGGGCCCCAUUCCCCCAAACAACACCGGGUAGGUGAGCACUGGAGUGCUGCCAACCCGGUGCCCACUAUCCAGAAAUUUAUGCAACAUCUCGACACCGAGAAACACGAACGAAAAGUCCACGAAGAAGAGAUCACCAAGAAACAAGAAACGCAGCGUCGCGAGAAAGAAGCACGCGGAGAAAAGCUGGAUGAUGAGACGGCUGCUCACAAGAAUCGGGAGAUCCCCAAGGGGAAGACUAGGAUGGUCACAGAUCCGAUAACGGGUCGCGACAUUGAGGUGGAGGAUCAGGAUGAGGAUUCGAUGGAUACGGUUAAAAAUCCAACCUUGGCGAUUCCGAAUGCCAACAUUGGCAAAGAAACGAGCGUCAAAACUGACGCGAACCAAAGCUACGAAGAAUACAAAGAAGCACAAGAUGUCACGGCCCCUCCAGAUCCCGUCGCUGAAGGAACAACAUCCGACGUCCCCAUUCGAGGCGAGAGAACAAAUGUCCUCUUUCAUCCUACCCCGGCGAUUUCGUUUAAGCCCAUGUUCGAGCACCUGGAAAAGCGCGCGACAGGAAUGUGCUUGGGGUUUACACUGGGAAUCUUAUUUGUCGGGAGAAUGUUUGGUGCUUCCCUGUGGGGAUUGGUGCCAUUGGCUGCUUGCAUCACAUCAGCCGUAUGGUUGUGGAUGAAGGAGGUCAUUCGAAGUGGCCGGGAAUUAGAAUGGAGCAGUGAGCAGCUCCGAGGACAGACGGCUACGGCAAAUCUCCUUCCCGAAUCGGUCGAGUGGAUGAACAGUUUCCUUGGUGUCUUUUGGGGACUUGUUAACCCAGAGAUGCUGUCCCCAGUUGGAGAUACGAUUGAGGAUAUUAUGCAGGCGUCGUCACCGGGCGUGAUUGAAAACGUACGCAUCGCCGAGAUCGAUCAAGGAAGUAACCCCCUACGAAUCCUGAGCAUGCGCGCUCUGCCGGACGACCACGUUGAGAACCUCAAAGAGAAUAUUCACGAGGAGAACAAGAAAAAAGACCCACAAGAAGCUGCCGCUGCUGAAGAGGGUGGCAGCUACUACAACCUCGAAGCAUCGUUUGCUUACCACGCGAAACCGAGUACUCAAUCCGCUUCAUCCAAAGCGCGUAACAUGCACAUGCAACUCGUCUUCUACCUGGGAAGCCGGGGUCUCUUUGGCGUACCGUUCCCUGUUUUCGUGGAAUUAAUUGAGAUGGUUGGGACUGUACGCUUGCGGUUUCAGAUGAUGCCCGAGGCUCCGUUCAUGAAAGAUGUGACCUUCAGUUUAGUGGGAAUUCCCCAUGUUAGGGCUGGCUGUAUGCCCAUGGUCCGCGGCGGUGUCAACAUCUUGAACCUUCCCUUGAUCUCCAACUUCGUCAACUAUGCCAUUGGCACCGCUUGUAGUAUGUUUGCCGCUCCCAAGUCGAUGACGAUGGACCUGGGUAUGAUGUUGAAGGGUGACGAUGUUGUCAAAGAGACUCAAGCUUUGGGUAUCAUGUGGGUUCGCAUCCACCGUGCUGUUGGGCUGAGCAAGCAGGAUACCCGUGGCAGCGAGGGUGGAGGCAGCGACCCCUACAUCAACCUGUCUUUCUCCAAAUAUGGAAAACCUAUGUACUGUACGCGUGUGAUCACAGAUGAUCUCAAUCCUAUUUGGGAGGAAACUGCUGCGCUUCUUGUCACCCCGGAGCUGAUCAAGGCUGAUGAGAGCCUAAGUGUCGAACUCUGGGAUUCUGACCGCACCACUGCCGACGACAUCGUUGGCAAGGUCGAACUCCCAAUUCGUGAAAUGCUCCAGCACCCGGCUCGGAUGUAUCCCCAAGUAUCCAAGCUUCAGGGCCUGAGCGAAGGCAGUGAAAUGCCGGGUGAACUGCACUGGGAAGUUGGAUUCUUUGGCAAGCCUAGAUUAAGGCCUGAAUUGAUCACCGAUGGCAAGAAGAAGGACCUGCCGGAUAACAUGCAAGGUAUCCCGGAAUUCCAAGAUGAGAAGGGUGUUAUUAGCAACGAAGAAGAAGAUGCGAUCGUCCGCACGCCCCCGGAUCCUCUCUGGCCCAGUGGCAUACUGAGUAUCAUUGUCCACCAGAUAGUGAAUCUGCAACUGGUCGAUAUCAAAGGUAGCCAUGGGAAUCGAAAAGGAAGAGAGUAUGAACCGGCUAGGAAGUACGGUGAGAAUACUGAAGAACAGGGUGGUGAGUUGCCAACUAGCUACUGCAAGAUCAUUCUCAAUGACCAAUUGGUAUACCGCACUCGAGCGAAAGCUGUGAGCUCCAAGCCGAUUUUCAAUGCCGGAACCGAGCGGUUCGUUCGCGACUGGAGAUCUGCCGUAGUCACUGUGACUGUUCGCGACCAGCGGUAUCGCGAGCACGAUCCAAUCCUAGGCGUAGUGCCCUUGAAGCUUACCGACAUCCUGCAGAACAGCUCACAGUCUACACGAUGGUACCCACUUGACGGCGGAGUCGGGUUCGGCCGCAUCCGCAUCUCCCUCCUACUCCGCCAUGUCGAGACCAAGCUACCUCCACAGAUGCUGGGCUGGGAUGUUGGAACAUUCGAGUUCACCUCGAAAAAGCUCAUCGCGGAAGGUUUCAACCACUACUGCAAGAUCAAGCUCCGCACGGGAGGUAGUAGUGGAAAGCUCCCACGUCACGGAUGCCACCUCGAAAACAGUAGUGCUACUUUCGACCUCACUAGCAAAACAGCACAGAGACACCGGCUCCGUCUCCCUGUGAAGCACCGCUACCGCAGCCCUGUGGUUUUCGAGCUCCACACGCAGGGCAAACACCACGCAGCUGGCUUCGCGGUCUUCUGGCUCCAACACCUCAUCGACAACGAAGACACUCCUAUGGACAUCCCCAUCUGGUCGACAAAGAAAGGUGCCCGUCUGACACAGAACUAUAUCACGGAGACAAACUGGAAAGCAAAGAAGGUACCUGGUCUUGAAGACCUGACUGAAAUUGGCCGCCUCAAGUUCAGCGGCCACUUCAGCCCAGGCAUUGACGAAUCCCACGAGCAAUUCGUCGUCGAUAACAACACUCGUGAGACCUAUGAGUCAUGGGAAGCUUGCGUUGCUGAAGGUGUGCGCACAGGCAACGUCAUCGCCGAAGUCCCUGAGGAAGUAGAGCAGCUGCAUGAGCGAUCCCUCUUGGAUGGGCGCGACGUGCUCAAGCACGCAGAUCCAAAGGAGCGCAAGCGCUGGAUUGACAAGCAAGGUAUUGACUGGAGUGGUGCUUUCGGUGAUGAUCCCCGUGCUUACACGGACCAUAAAGGACGGAAGGUCGCUGAACCAGGACGUGAUAAGCCACCUCAUGACCCUGUUGUCCCGCCACCAGUCGAGGCACAAGCACCAGGGACCAACAAGUUCGAGGAGAGCGAGGAAACCCAGGAAAAACAGCCACGAGAGUCUGGUGAGGCCCAGACGUAUAAUCAGGGACACAGCGGCGAGCAUGAUGAAGACUCCGAGUCCCAAUCGUCGACAGAAACCGAAGACGCCCCUACAACCAUAAGCACCACAACUAACGGUACCAGCAACGCCAGCAGCAACUCCAAUGGCAACAAAGCCGAUAAAGCAACCAAGAAGGCGAAUAAACGUACAGACGAACGUCAACAACGCGGUCUGAUGCAGUGGAAGCCGGCAAGGAAUGUGGCGUUUGCAAAGGAUGAGGCGAAGUAUGCGCUGAGAAAGGUUGGGAAGAAAUUUACGGGGGAUUUGGCAGGAAGGGAGCCGGAUGUUGAGACAGAGACGUAG